AUGCCCUCACCUAUUCCUCUCAAUUGCUUUCUUCCUUUGGAGCUCUCCCCGUCUGUGGACUUGAGGCCCUGCAGCAGCCCCCUAGUUAUCCCUGGCAAAGAGGAGAAGGCAUUUUUGGGAGGAACCCCCUCACCCAGGGUCCGCCGUCUGCCUCCACGCCUGGCCUGGUGCUCCAUUGACUGGGACCAGCUCUGCCUCCUGCAGCCCCUGGGCUCUGGGGGUUUUGGGUCCGUCUAUAAAGCCACCUACCACGGUGCGACUGUGGCUGUGAAGCAGGUGAAGAAGAGCAGCAAAAACCGUCUGGCAUCGUGGCAGAGCUUUUGGGCCGAGCUGAACGUUGCCUGGCUGCAGCAUGAAAAUGUGGUACGUGUGGUGGCUGCCAGCACGUGUGCCCCUGCCAGCCAGAACAGCCUAGGCACCAUCAUCAUGGAGUACGUGGGCAACAUCACCCUGCACCACGUUAUUUACGGCACCAGCGACACGUGGAGGCAGGGGGAGGACGAGGAAGGAGGGUGCAGGAAGGCCCUGAGCAUGGAGGAGGCCGUGUGCUAUUCCUGCGACAUCGCCACGGGCCUGGCCUUUCUCCAUGCACAGGGCAUUGUGCACCUGGACCUGAAGCCUGCGAACGUCUUCAUCACGGAGCAGGGGGUGUGCAAGAUCGGAGACUUCGGGUGCUCCCAGAAACUGGAGGACGGCUUGUCCCAGAGCCCCCACGUUUCCCAGCAUGGGGGCACGUACACGCACCGUGCCCCCGAGCUCCUCAAGGGGGAGAGGGUGACCGCCAAGGCGGACAUCUACUCCUUCGCCGUCACCCUCUGGCAGAUGGUCAUGCGGGAGCAGCCCUACCUGGGCGAGCGGCAGCACGUGCUCUACGCCGUGGUGGCCUACAACCUGCGCCCUUCUCUGGCUGCCGCCGUUUUCCACGAGUCGCCCGCGGGCCGAAGGCUGAGGAGCAUUAUUAGCUGCUGCUGGAAGGCCAACGUGGAGCAGCGCCUCAGCGCUGCCCAGCUGCUGCCCAGCCUCAGGGCCCUUAAGGGGAGCCUCUAG